AUGGUGCCUCGACGAUCAUUUUUGCUUUUGCGAUCUCGAUACCGAGUCUUGCUCUUGGACGCCUUGUUACGGCAGACAACCCAGUUACGACGGAAGCGCAGCAAAAUCACCAAGUUCUACGCCUUCAUCAUCCAGGUCUUCGUCGAGGAGUACAUCCCCGACAUGCACGGAACGAUUUGCCAAUUCAUUCAUCAGCCACCCACGAGCCGAAGCCGAAUGGCAAAGACAAGGGAGGAAGUCAAGGAUUUGUGGUGGAAAGUCAUGGCCAAGAUUUUGGUGGCUGAGCAUCGUGAGCGGAGAGAAAAAGAAGAGGUGGCUUCAGGUUCAGGCUGGGAGAGGGUGAGUAUGAGGUCUAGGUCUACUUCACCUACUUGUAGAUAUUUCUCAAUUAGCGAGGGGACUACUGAUUCCUCCUCGCUGCGUCCUGAGGAUUGUUUCUCGACUGUCAGUGGAGGGACUAUUCACUUGGAAGAAGACGACGAAAACAUACCUCUACAGGAGUCAACUACGGCCAUCACUAGCGAUAGCACCAACUCUUCUACUUAUGAAUUCGACGAGUGGUAUGCUGAUUGGCAUGCCAACUGGCUGUUCGAACGUGUGCUGGAUACCUCUCGCAAGUUCAGGUCGCCUGGAUCGGAAUCGAGGUUUUCUUCGUCGGGGGCGGCAGCGUCGGUCAAUGGCAGCGACGAUGAUGAGGAAGUGGAAAUGGAAGAUAAUGCCUCCUCCGCUAGCGACAGCGACAGAGAGGACAUCUAUAUCUCAACUAGACCUGUCCUCAUGACUUUCAGAGGUCGAAGAAGAUACCGCCGUUCCUUCGUGCAUGACGACACACCUCGCCGUGCUUCACCGGCACCCACCAGACCAACUCGUCGGAAUAAUCGGGACUCUAUGUCUAGCAUUUCCUCCUCUCCGGCCUGUCGCUCCCCAAGCCGCCGCUGCCGCUCACCUAGCCCCUUUUCUCGUAAAAGCCGGUCGUCAGCUAGAGCUAGCCCUUCUAGUCCCGUCUUUCGUCAUCGAGCUCCCGUUUUUGGUCAACGGACUCCUUCGCCGCUGAAUAUCGACCGCUUUGCUCUUCCUCCUUCUACCUUUAAUCUAUCUCCCACCUUCGCUACUUCCAUCUCUAUCUCUUCUUCUCCCUCUUUAUCCCGGCCUUCAUCCCGGUCUUCAUCCCGCUCUUCCUCCCCUCCAGCUUCUGGUCUACGCUCCCCAUCUCCCUAUCGCCUGUCCUCUCGCCCACCCUCUCCCUUCCCCUCACCUUCACCAUCCCCAUUAGCCUCCCGCCCAUCCUCCCCUCUUACCUCUCGUCCACCAUCCCUCUCCCCCUCCCCCUCAAACUCAUCCUCACCAUCACCAUCUCUUCCAACCUCCACUCCUACCUCCCGCCCAUCCUCCCCACCCCCAACCCCCUUCCCAAACACCCAAUACCUCCUCCAAAAAACCGGCCUUCUUCAGCGCGGACAUGGAGAAAACAAAACAGAAGAUUACCUCUCCAACGCGCACCUCCUCCGCUUCCCCGCCACCGUGUCCGCGCGACUGAUGAUGACGGCUGAGACGCUGGGGGUGGACGAGGUGGGGAAACGGAAGUUGGUUCAGGAUAUGGUUUUGAAGCAGAGGAAUCCUGGUGCUUCCACAUCUACUGCUUCUUCUGCUGGUUAUUCUACUGGUUCUUCGGUGUCAAAGACGGUGUCAGAGACGGGGGUGUUGGAGUCGGUGUUGGAAUCAGGGUUUAGGAUUGAUGGGAGAAGAAGAAGCGAGGAGGUGAAGGGGUUUGAUUGGGGGUAUGGGAUGGGGAGCAAGGAUGGUGAAAAAAGAGGAUGGGUAUGGGAGUUGUUGAGUUGUUUACAAUAG